AUGCAACCGUUGAUUGCUAAUAAACUAAGCCUAAAUGUUGCAAAGACUGAAUUUAUGUUGAUUGGCUCUAAACCAAUUAUCAAAAGUAUAGCAAAUCAGCAACCAAACAUUGCAAUAGAAAACAAAACAAUAAAACAAGUUUGGGAUUCUAAGUCUCUUGGUGUGACCCUCGAUCAGCACUUGUCGUGGAAGAAAAAUACUGACAAUAUUUGUAAGAAGAUUGCCUCAGGGAUAUCAGCUCUUCGUCGGGCUAAAGACUAUGUCCAUAAAGACACUCUUCUUUCCAUUUACAACGCUCUUAUACAUCCUUACUUUACUUACUGCUGUGAAGUUUGGGACGUGUUCAGCGAAACUCAAUCCAAACGCUUACAAAAACUUCAAAAUCGAGCUGCGAGAAUCAUCGCAAACAUGAGUAAUAUUGUUGAUCACGAAAUUGCUUUGAGAUCUUUAGAGUGGAAGCCUCUUGAUAUUGAAAGGCAAAAAAGUAAAGCAAAGCUCAUGUUUAAAUUGCUUAACAACAUGGGUCCAAAAUCACUACCUUAUUUAGUUUCAAGAGCGAAUCAACUGAUUACCAACUUCGUGGUUUUAAAAAAAACACUAUGCUUACCUCAGCCAAGAAGCAAUAGCAUGAAAAAAAGCCUAGCAUUUAAUGGGCCACAAGUCUGGAACUCAUUGCCAAAUGAACUUAAAGAAAUUAGUUCUCUAGCGACCUUUCAAAGAAAAAUCGCUUCCCACUUUCCCAAAACAAAUUAUGUACUCAACUAA